AUGGCAACCGCAGAGCUUCUUCAGCAGAUCCAGACCGGCAACCUCCACAAGAGGGUUCUGCCCCACGCUUACGAGGCGCAGAUCAAGCCCAUCAGCGACACCCUGAACGGCGUCGACAUCAACGUGGAAUUCGACCCGAAAAAACACCUCGCCUUCACCCCAGACUGUCUGCAGACCGUCAAGCGCACCACGAUGGAGGAGCUGGGCGCCGUGUGCGACGACCAGAUCUCCGACAUCGGCGUCAGCGCGCCGUUCCCGCUCUUCACUGAGGAGGCCGUCGAAAUCAUGAGAGCAGAGAUCCUGCGCGAGGAGGUGUUCUCCCAGUGGGCCAGGGUCUCGUUCAACUCCACGACAGGCCUCGACUGCACCAUCCGCGGCUACGCAAAGCCAACCUGUCCGUUCACGUACGCAGCGUGGACCCAUCCGGAAACCGUCGCUGCUGUUUCCGCCAUGGCCGGCGUCGAGCUCGAGGUGAUCAUGGACUACGAGGUCGCCAACGUCAACGUCGCCAUGCGCUCAGAGGACGAGGCGUUCAACCAGAAAGUCUCCGCAAGAAGAAGAUCGUCGUUGGCAGACAAGACAGACUCCGACAUCCCGGCCGUGGUGGGCUGGCACAACGACUCGUAUCCGUUCGUGUGUGUGCUGAUGCUUUCCGACACGACGGAAAUGAUUGGCGGCGAGACACUCAUCAAGACCGGCUCUGGCGAGAUCGUGCCUGCGGCCGGCCCGGCAAAGGGCAAGGCCACAGUUCUCCAGGGCCGGAAACUGACCCAUCUGGCAGCGCUGCCGGUAGGUUACACCGAGAGAAUCACGACAGUUACCUCGUACAGGGCCAAGGACUCCACCAAGCCGGAAACCAGCGUGCUCAAGACGGUCAAGCCGGAAAACAAUUUCGGCUCCAUGUACAACGAGUUCUACCCAGAGUGGAUCUCGUACAGGAUGAAAGUCAUUUCCGACAGAGCCAUUGCGAUCGGCGAGGAGUUUGAGCGCAAAAGACGCAACGGCGAGACGUUCGACAAAGACGCCGCGUUUGAAAAGCUCAAAGACUUGCAGGCGUAUUUGCAACACACCUGGAAAGAAAUGGAGGUGACCGACGAGGAGUACGCUGCUCACUACAGCAGAAAAUGA